UCCUCGGUUGCGGUGAAGGGUGCGAGAAUAUUAAAAUAAAUAAGACAUUGACUAAUUGACUGAAUCAUUUAAAAAGGAAGAGCACAUUUGCAGUCAUGGCACCUCUUCAUCGCCUGGUUUCUUUGCUGAUCGUUGCUAUCGUCGUUGUUCACCUGACAGCACCUGCAGGUGCCACCAAAGAUCGAGUGGGUACAUGCAUACGGAACUGCGCACAAUGUAAGAGAAUGUUCGGCGAGUACUUUGAGGGUCAACGCUGCGCUGAAUCCUGCCUCAAGUUCAAGGGAAAAUCUAUUCCGGAUUGCGAGGACAUAAACACUAUUGAGCAAUUCAUUCACCGAGUGGAUGAGGAUGAGGACUAGGGAGGAAUAUUUCUGGAUGAACUGUCAAUGCCGUGGUUAAUGAACGCUGAAAUCGAUCGUCUUGCCAUUAUUUUAGCUGGAGAACUAGUUGUUCUCGAUGACUGCACUCUUCAUGUUAAUUAAUUAAUUUAUUUACCUUGACCCGUAUUAUUGUACACUUUACGCUAUUUAUUAAACGGUGAUUCGUUUCGAAAAGUCAGUAAUGAAGACUUCAUGCCAUUGUACAGAAAUUAUUUACAAUUGAUAU